CAGCGACGCAUGCUGGGAGCUAUGCCCCCCCCGGGCAGUGCAUGCUGGGAGCACCUCCCUCAGUGAUGCAUACUGGAGCCAGGGGUGUUCAUGAGGAGAGACCCCCCCCCAGCUCUUCCUCCUCCCCCCAAAUCCUGCCCCAGCCCCGUGCCUCCCCCACGCCAGCGAUGCCCCCUCUGCCUGCCAAGCCUCAGUUUACCAGCACCCAGGGAGCUCCUUUCCCCCCCAGGCAGAGCAUGCUGGGAGUUCUGCACCCCCCAAGCAGUGCAUGCUGGGGGCCUGUUGGGGUGCAGUGCCCGAAGUGGGGGAGGCUGCGGGGUAGGGCAGAGACAUCACUCCUUUCCAUCACCCCAUUUUGCGGAGGGGGAAACUGAGGCAGGCAGCAAGUGACGUGGCUUCGCCCAGAACCUAGGCAUCCUGGCUUGUCCCCUCCUGUCCCCGCAAGCCCCCAGGCCCCUCCCUCCAAGAAAAGGACCCCAGGAGUCCUCCCCCCUCAAGCCCCGCAUCAGCUCCCCAGGAAACAGCCCAGGCAUCCUGCUCCCCACGAGAGACCCCUCCGCUCUCACCACUACCCAACACUGCCUCUCCAGCCCGGGAUGCUGCCCCCCACUUGGAGGGGGGCAGCCCCCACAUCCCUCCCCCCCCCCAGCUGUCAGCCAGGUCAAUCCAAUUACAGGCCCGGGAAGGGCUUUAGGCGGCCGCCCACCUGCCUGGGCCUCGCAGGGUUAACGCUGAGCCCGUGGCGGUGGCAGCUGCCACCUCCCGGUCCGAGUGGAGCCACGGCCACGAACCCCCAGCCACAGCCACGGCCACGAUCCAGCCACGGGCCACGAGCCGUGGCAGGCACCGGGCGCACCUGAGCCGCGCGGGCACCGGAGCAGAGCCGGACCCCUGCAAGGCCGCGGCCUCGCUGCACCGCGCACCAUGCCCGGCGGUGCUGGCAGUGCCCUGCUCCUGGCCCUCAGCCUCUCCUUCCACCUGUCCCCAGCCGCCCCAGACCAGUGCAGCAAAGGCAGCAACGUCUUCACGGAGCUGCCCGAAAACAGCGCCAACGGCACGGCCGUGGCCACACUGGCGCUGCCCGCUGCUGGCAGUGUCAAGCUGUGCCUCAGCGGUGCUGACGCCACCUGGUUCUACCUGGACGGCCGGACCGUGCGGCUGCAGGCAGCACCUGGUGCCCCGCUGGACCGCGAGGCGCUGGAAUCCCCGGUGCUGAUGGUGGCCCUCACCUGCUCCGAGGACGGCUUCUCCCCGGUGGAGUACCGCCUCGUGGUGCAGGUGCUGAAUGAGAACGACAACCGGCCCCGCUUCCAGCCUGGCCCCGAGCUCACCCACAACGUCAGCGAGCUAGUGGCCGUGAACUCCGUGGUCUUCACGACGCAGGCUGAGGAUGGCGAUGGCGAUACCCUCGUCUACGUGAUCGACGGUGCCUCGGCGGACGCCAAGCACUUCCGCAUCGACCUGCCCAACAGCGGGAGGAUCGUCCUGGCCAAAGCGCUGGACUUCGAGACUCGGCGCCAGCUUGACUUCGUGGUCCAUGCCGUGGAGAUGAACACCAAGGAGCGCUACAAGGCCUCAGCCCACAUCCACGUCAACGUGCUGGAUGGGGAUGACCAGUACCCCCAGUUCCUGCCCUGCCGUGCCCUGCUCCCUGCCACGGCCAGCGUGUGCCUCAGCCCCAUCUACACUGCCAACAUCACCGCUGGCCGGGCCCAGGUGAGGCCUUUGCACUUCCUCCCUGGUGCCAUCCAUGCCGAGGACGGGGACCACGGCCUGAAGGCUGCCAUCACCUACUCCCUCCUCCCAGGCCCCUACAGCGGCUGGUUCCACGUGAACAACGCGACGGGCGCCGUCACCUUGCUGCGGCCCCUGGAUGGCCCUGGCCUCCCGCCCGCCGUCACCCUGCAAGUCAUGGCCGCACAAGUGAACGACGCCACGAAGUUCGCGGUGGCCGAGGCACGGGUGCGAGUCCUGGCUCCCAACCGGCACCCGCCACGCUUCGCCCACCCACGCUACCCGGCAUUCGUGCGCCAGGGGCCCCGGACCGCUACGCUGGCUACCACCUACGGCGGCCGUGUGCUGGCCCUGCACGCCGCUGACCGUGACUUCCCUGACGGCUUCAACCCCUGGAUCCGGUACCGCCUGGCGCUGCCAGCCAAUGCCUCUGAGCUUUUCCAGCUCAUGCCCAAUGGGCUGCUGGUGGCCCGUGCAGACCAGCUGCAACCCUCGCAGCACUUCCUCCUGCAGGUCAUCGCGCGGGAUGAGGAGUCGGGGGAGGUGACCAAUACCACAGUGGACAUUGAGGUCCUGAGGCCUGGCCAGGCAGCCCCCCAGGACCCGGUGGAGGCGGGGCAGGAGCAGAGCCCACCAGACGUGGCAGUCAUCGUGGGCACGCUGGGGGGGUUGCUUCUGCUGCUGGGCCUGCUGCUGGGCCUCGUCAUAUGUGCUGUGCGCAAGUGCCCAGACGAGGAUGAGUCCCUGGACCGGGCAUCCCUGACCAUGGAGAAGCACCCCAACGUGGUGACCCCAACCAAGACGGCCCCGGGCUCCGGCAGCCUGUUCUUCGAGAACGAGGGCUACAGCGACCUGGGGGACGAAGCCCCGGGGGGCUCCGGGGAGCCGGCCCCCCAUGCUCACCCGGGGGGCAGGAGCGAGCCGGCCGAGACGGGCAAGCAGAGUGACACGGGCAGUGCCGGGGGUGGGCAGCUGGUGCCCAGCGCCACUGUGCCCAGCAAGGAGGGAUGUGCCCACGGCGCCCUGGCCAACGGGACAACGCUGGAGCAGACAGGACACGAGGAUGGCGUGGAGACGGAGAUGGAGCCGGAGCCGGAGCCGGAGCCUGCCGAGGAAUCCCCGGCUCCUGGCACCGAGGACACGGGAGCCUCCGGGAUCCCGGAGCCGGAGCCUGGCAGACCUGCCCCGAGCAAGGCGGAGGCCUCGGAGAGCCCAGCCGAGCCCGGGGCGCAGGUGCCGGAGCUGCGCCCCGGGGUGGGCGAGCGGGGCCCCAGGGACACGGAUGCGCCAGGCCGGGACCCUGAGACCAUGGCCAAGCUGCCGGCGCUUCAGGAGGUCAACGAGGAGAGCCUGGAGGAGGAGGCAGCUCGGCCCCCCGCGCCCCGUGGCCCCUGGCCUCCUGCGCCCCCUGCGCCCCCGCCCCUGGGCAAGCCCCACAUCCCCGCUCCCUUUGCACGGCUGCUGGAGGACUCCAUCGAGUGCUAGCCCCCCCAGCGGCGAACGGGCUCCGACCCCCCCAGGCACCCCGGGGGGAUCGCAUCCCACGGCCGAUCCAGGCCAGGCACCCAUGGACUCCCUCGGGGCGCCAGGUCCCCUGGGAACCUCCUCGUUGCCCCCCUUUGGGGAUUACUCUAUUGUUUUUAAAGGAGUUCUCUUUUUUUUAAUGGGCACAUUGCUUCUUCAUGCCCCACCCCCAGCUCUCCCAGUGACCGACCAGUAUGGCUCAGCUGGGAGUGAGCUGCCACAACGCCGGCAGCACUGGGAGGCGUUUGUACGCCUCUGCUGUCUCCGGAGGGUCGGGGUCUCCCCUCCAUCGGUGCCAGGGGGGCUGGGACUGCGGGUGUAGGUGCCCCCAGGGCUGGCAGGGGGCUGGAAGCUACCCCAACCCCAGCUCCCGGGCAGCUCCAGCACCAGUAAGCCUGGCUGGAUCGUAUACAGCGGUGCCUGUCCCUGGGGGUACACACAGAGGUGGGUGGGGGUCCCAAGCUGGGUUGGAUGUGGGUGUCCUGCCUGGGCAGGGGGUAGGGAUGCUGGAUGUGUCCCUGCGGGCGCAGCUGCAUGCCGGGGGCAGGCAGGGACCCCCCCCCUCUGGCUCCUUGGAGUGGGAUUAAAUGUGUCUUAAA